UCCAUUUUCUUUAUUAAGCAAUAUAGGCCUCGAUUUGCUCAAAGUGACAAUAAUCUUUUCUACUGUUAGCGAUUGAUAAAUGCAUUUGUUUGCUGAACUCAAAGUAUAUCAUUGGUGAAAGACGAACCAAAAGAACUGGUGACUUCGGCAAUUAGAAUCGAGACAAUCAAUAUCCUCUUUAAUUAACAAUGUAUCUUUGAUCCAAUCUAUAUCUCAUGGAUAGCAAUGCUGAACAACAGAACAAGUAUCUCUUCAAGUACUUAGGAAGCAGUAAUUACUUGUGACUACUUAUUUCUUGGGGGCAUUUGUUGUUAUUUGUGCAUAAACUUGCGCGGCUUUUGAAUGCUGCUUUCUUUUUCUUUCCUUUUUUUCUAAAUAAAAUCAUGAAAGAAAACAAAUUUAUGGUAGGAGAAGAAGAAGAAAAUAUUAGUAAGAAAAAUACUCCUGUUCGGAGCACGACUCCUGCACAAUCAAAAAGGCCCGUUCGUCACCAUAUUAAGCGGCGUUCGAGUGGCAAAGUGCACGUAACCAAACUAGCGCCUAUGGCGAGAGCACAUCAUGCUUCUCAUACAGACUCAGAAGCGGAUUUUGUACAAGACACUCAGCGACCAGCCAUGAGACGCUCUCAAUCUCAGCGCUCUUUAAACAAAAUGGACAGAAAAACAUUCACAAGCACUCUAACCAAGAGAAACCCUUCGACUGAUAAACUUGCGAUGUCGUCAUCAACCCCUCAACUAUGCUCUAGUGAAAAGAAGCCAAGCAUUGCACCCCUUACUUGCACCGCUAUCGCGGAACCUGUUCAGCAGACAUUUAAUGCACUUGCCAACAAUUUGAGUUUUCCCAAAAAAGCUCAGAUUUAUCCUAAAUUGAUUUCUACGCCUUCUCUACCAAAAGAAGAGAUAAAACUAGAAAAAAAGCAAUUACUCCGCUCACAAUUCAUACAUGAAGACCCUCAAGUUAAGACUCAACAGCAGCCAAAUAUGUCAAGAACACAACAGAAAUUAAUGUUGCAGAAACAACAAUGUUCAGCACAAGAUGAAAACAGUCCUCUUCAUCCAAAAAACGUCCAGAAACUCAACAAAGAACUAGACACGAUUAAGCGGCAAUAUCGAUGCAUAAAGCGUUAUGAAGACCCAUUACGGGCGAGUCUUAUGCGCUGUAUAGAAAAAUUAGAACCAAGAAACCGACAAAAAUUAGAACAACUCCCGACAUCUUCGAGCGUACCUUCUCUCUCUACAAUACCUCAUCUUGAACAAAGGCAAAUAGCACAUCGAUAUCAUCUUUUGAAAGAAGUUGCCUUGUCUCGUCAGUCUCAGCAAAAUUUACAAUCUGCUUACCCACCACAAAUACAGUUAUCAUCAGAAGAACAUCAAGAAACAAGUCGGUUUCCUUGGAAUGCUGCAGCAUUCUUGGACAAGUUAUUUAACUUGCCAGCACAAUCAUCAUCAUCUCCAUCAUCAUAAUAUACC